AUGUCGGCCGCAGAUCGCGAGGCUGAGCUUGCCCAACCCCACAACAAUGACUCCCCCGUCGAGCACAUCGUGGUGAACAGCGAGAAGGACAGUAUGUCCAUUGACAAGGAGAAUGGCACCAUCACCUCCGACGGCGAGGAGCCCACAGAAGACGAGAAGCGUACUCUGCGCCACAUUGCAGAGAACCUGCCCGUUUCCGCCUGGCUGGUGGCUGUGGUCGAACUGUGCGAGCGGUUCACCUACUACGGCAUGUCUGGCAUGUUCCAGAACUACGUUAUGCGCCCGCUGGACGGCAGCCAGGGCCGUGGUGCUCUCGGCAUGGGCCACCAGGGUGCGACUGGUCUGACCACUUUCUUCCAAUUCUGGUGCUAUGUUACUCCCAUCAUUGGUGCCAUUGUCGCCGAUCAGUACCUCGGCAAGUACAAGACUAUUGUGUGGUUCUGCGGUGUCUACCUGAUCGGUCUUCUGAUCCUGGUCUGCACUUCUAUCCCCGUUGCUUUGGAGCACGGUGCCGGCCUGGGUGGCUUCGUCGUGGCCAUUCUGGUCAUCGGCCUGGGUACCGGUGGUAUCAAGUCUAACGUGGCUCCUCUGAUUGCCGACCAGUACAAGCGCAAGAAGAUGGCGCUCAAGACCACCCCCAAGGGUGAGCGCGUGAUUAUCGACCCGGCCCUGACAAUCCAGCGUAUCUACAUGAUCUUCUACGGCUGUAUCAACCUCGGUUCGCUCUCUCUGCUGGCCACUCCCUACAUGGAGCUGUACAUCGGCUUCUGGUCGGGCUUCCUGCUGUGUCUUUGCAUGUUCGCCACCGGUACCAUGGUUCUUAUUUUCGGCCGCAAGUACUACGUCGUGCGCCCGCCGCAGGGCUCUAUCAUCACGGAUGCUUUCAAGGCCCUUUGGAUCAUGGUGAAGAACCGCAACAUGGAUGCCCCCAAGCCUAGCUGGCAAGCCGAGCACAGGGGCGUGCAAUCCAUGCCCUGGAAUGACCACUUCAUCGACGAGCUCAAGCGCGCCCUGGUUGCCUGCCGCGUCUUCGCCUUCUACCCCAUCUACUGGGUCGUGUACGGCCAGUUCUCGAGCAACUUCGUCACCCAGGCCGGCCAGAUGGAAGGUCAUGGCAUCCCCAACGAUCUGAUGCAGAACUUCGACCCGAUCUCGAUUAUCGUGUUCAUUCCCCUGCUCGAGACUCUGGUGUAUCCUCUCAUGCGCCGUUUGAAGAUUCCUUUCCGCCCGAUCACCCGUAUCUCCCUCGGUUUCGUGGUCGCCUCUCUGGCCAUGAUGUACGCCGCGAUCGUGCAGCACCUGAUCUACUCCGCCGGACCCUGCUAUGGUCACCCCGGCUGCGCCGCCUCGGUGGUCGACGGCACCGCCAUGGGUAACCACGUCCACAUCGCCAUCCAGACCCCGGCCUACGUGUUCAUCGGUAUUUCCGAGAUUUUCGCUUCCGUCUCCGGUCUGGAAUAUGCCUACACCAAGGCCCCGCCCUCGAUGAAAUCCUUCGUGCAGUCCAUGUACCUCCUCACGAACGCUUUCGGCUCCGCUCUCGCCGAAGCUCUCACCCCUGCCGCCUUCGACCCCGCCAUCAUGUGGAUGUUUGCCGCUCUGGCUUGCGCCUCGUUCACCUGCGGUAUCAUCUUCUGGCUGGUCUUCCACCACCUGAACUCCCAGGAAGAUGAUAUGAACGCUCUCGAUGCGGACGAUGAUCUCCAGGCUGAGACUGUGGCUCCUCACGCUACUGAGCCCGUCGACGCUGUUGACUUGGCGCAGCACAAGCACUAG